CAUUGCGCCGCUCACACGCGUAGUCGCUCAUCUAUAGCACCUUUUAAUCGAUUAUCGACCUUAAGUGUGUGUGCAAUUUGUGUGAAUUUUCAGUGAAGUGAAUUAAUUGUGCGUGUUUUGAGGUUUUUUCCUAUUUUGACAGAAACGUUAAUUUUUGAUUGUGUGAAGUGGUCUACCUAUGUGCACAGUGUAGUGUGAGUGUAUACAGAUCAAGAUGAUGACUCUAUACAGAACCAUAAAAGGCACCAGCACCACAAAACGGAAGAAACGCGAAAGAAGUCUAGGACCGUUUGAAUUGUCGACCGGGGGCGAAAUGGUGUCACGUAGGCGGAUAUUGUCACGUUCGCGGGACGAUCUCUCACAAGCACUCGCUCAGGAGGAGGAAGAAGAUGUCUGGUACCAGAAAGAUAAACUAUACAAGGAACAUAUACAAGAAGUUUUGGAUAAAUGGACACAGAUCGACGAUGAAAUAUGGGCCAAAGUAAUUGUAUUUGAGAAAAAUCGUCGCGUCGCGAAAGCGUACGCGCGAGCCCCAGUACUAACUAUUAACGGGUCGGACGACGGUUUUGAUGGCAUGAGAAUCGGACUUUGCGGAUUCGACAAUCCACACAGGGAUCAGAAGACGGAUGAAUUGAAAAAGCAUAUUGGACAGGGAGUAAAGAUAAAGAUGGAUGAUGCAGGCAACAUACUCAUCAGGCGCUACUCCAAGAGUAGUGUGUUUGUGAAGAGUACAGCAGCCACCAGCAGUGAGGAGACUGCUAUAGGACAAGACGUUCUCAAGUUGCCCGGCUAUGCGCUUGAACACGAAAAGAUAUUUAAGUUAUUCGACAUGAAGAAAUUCCAAUCAAACGUGAACCGUGAGCUUCGGCGUGCGUAUCCUGACCGGAAACGACUGGAGACCCAGUGCCUGAGCGCCGUGGCCUUCGUCAAAUCCGACGCUGAUCUUUUGGAGUGUCCCAUCUGGGUGCUGGUCAUCAACGUCGUUGCUAUGGACAUGCUCAAGUCUAAACUCCCACCAGUUCAAAGACCGAUGGACAUCAAGAAUCGGCCGCGCAUUCCAAUCCCAGACGAAGAUCCGUACAGCAUCGCCAGCUCCAACGCUAACGGGUCAGGCUCCAGCGGCAGCUCGGGAGGCUACGGUCAUAACGGCCAGAAUGGACAAAACGGCCACAACGGUCAUAAUGGCCACAACGGCCACGGAGUGGUAGCAGCGACCAGAGAACAGCUGAUGAUGCAGAUGGGACAGAGACGGGAUAAGCCACCAUUGCUGCCACCUCGGGAAAACGGAUACGGACCAGCUGAUAUUCCUAAACCGGACUAUGACGACAUCGACGACCGUGUACCAACGCAGUUCCCAAGAGGAAAGUCUGACAAAGGAAAGGACAACAAAAAGUAUGAUGACCCCUACUACUGCGGUCUCCGGGCUCGCGUCCCCAACUUCGUGAAAGCAACAGGCAAGCACGUGCUGCCAGCGAUGACGGAGCGUCUCACUCUCAAGGAGACGCCCGUGCCAAGCAAGCGCUACAGCGUCGCUCACGCCCACCCCGCUCCGUUCCCGGGCCAUAUGCCAUUCGCUCACGCUCCUAUGCCACAGGCCGCCUUAUGGCACGCCCGUUCCUACGAGAGCGGAAUCGAUGAUAGAGAUCAUUACGACCCUUAUGCACUGUACGGUCGCCUCCCGAUGCCUGGUCGGGGAUUCCCUCCGGCACCCGCACCGCACGCUCGUCACAUGUUCAUUGGAGAAUGGGAUUAAUGCUGUAAAAGAUGAUAAUGAAUCAUCUUUUGAUAAUACGACUAAUAUGUAUGAGGGUCAUUCAUAAACAUUUUUCGUAGAAUCCUUCUCCAACUGGCCAAAUAAGAGAGAUUGAUAAACAUUUACAGAGAAAGUCAAUUAAGAUGUAUAAAAUUUAAUUACUUACGUAGAUACAUAAUUACAGUAUCAUAACCAACUCACUGUCUAAAGAUAAAUAUUGGAAUUUAUAAUAAAGUAGACGAAAGAUUUAUAACAAUGAAUAUUAAUGAUUAUGAAUGAUUCUUAUGAAAAGUUGUUUCUAAGAUAAUCUUAGAAAUAACUUAUACUAUAAAAGACUACGAAAAUGGCUUAACAAUUAGUUUUGUAAAUAUUUACUUGUAAAUUAUGAACUAUUAAGUUCUUCCAAACAUUUUAUUUGCGAAAGAUAUGAUUACAUCGAUUAAGCGUUGUUCGAAGAAAAAAUAUUGCAAGGGAAUACAAUAUUUAAAUUUUGGUCGCUAUAAACUAAAAUAUAUUUCUGUCUUUAAAAUAAACAGACAGUAUAUUUUAGUUAAGUACGCCUAUUUUAGAUUUAUUUCUCUUAGGAUUUUAUAGAUUUUGUAAGAUUCUAAGUAUAAAUGUAUAAUUGAGUGUUUUGCAAUAUCACUGCCAAUGUAUAUGUUUAUUAUAGAAGGUUCAAUUAUAUGACUUAAGAAUUCUGAAUAUUUAAGGGCAAUUUUAAAAAUUCUGAGUUUUUUACAACUACAUAGGCGACCCUUUUGUGUCCCUCCUAGUCAUUACAGGGUUGGGAAGUUGUUACUGAAAUUAUAUCGAUAAACUACUUCUAACAAAUACUUUUUAAAUUUUUUAUACACUUUUUUCACUUUAUCUGUUCUUCCCUGACCUUUGUAAAUACGAUACAUUUUCUUUCAUUUUAAAUGCUUAAUUAGGUAUAAUAUGACUUUACUAUAGAACCAUAAUAUUAAAUACUCAAUUAUAAAAUAAUCUGAAUGCAACUAAUAAUAUUUUUUUUAUGAAUUAGCGUUAAUAUAGGAUUUUAUUAAUUGAUUACUUACAAUUGUAAAUUUUACAAGCCUAUCUAUAAAUAAAAUAAGUAGUUUGUACAGAUUUUUUUAAAUGUUUUUGAUAAGCUGAAUCAAAAUUGAAUUUUGUAGGUGCUAGGCCGGUUACCAUUUUUUAUAUUAUGAUUUAUGUAGUAAAUUAUAUUUUAUUCAGAACGACUUUAUUAUUGAAAACAAUUUAGCCGAGCAUAGUUUGCUUCGUGCGAUGUCUCCUAAAUUAAUCAAAAUAACUUUAGAUGAAUCGAAUUAUUUUUUGUUCGUAUUUAUAAUAACUAAUUUUAGUAGGUUUUAACACAAGUGAAUUCGCCAUCACAAUUUCUAGUACAUAUUUAAUUCAUAUCGUAUCUUAAGUUGAUUGUGUAGGCGUUUGCAUUAUUUUCACUAUCGAUAUCGAUUUAUUAAUUGAUAAAUUAAUCAACAUCCCUAUGUAGCCGGGUGUUGGUUUACGAGUAACGUAACCUAAGUAUGUGAAUACAAUAUACGAAUAUUUUAA